AUGCUGAAAAACCUGCGGAUAUCCCCCGUUUCAAUCACAUCCGCCCCGUUCCUCAGUCCUCGGUAUUCUUUUUCUCCAUCAGAAACUUACAAAACUUCUCCACGACGAACGCGCCAGCCCUCUUUGGCCAAAACAUUUGAAUUUUUUAAAAAUAUCGUUGUGUGGAAAAAAGAAGAGAAGACCAAUGGUGGUAAUCAAAAAGUGGUGUAUGAAGCCGUCCGCUCUGGUCUUCCCACAUCCAACUUACUUGAAAUUUUUAGAACAAAUUCGUAUCAAUUACUCCAACAGCCAGAGAUGUGUUAUUGCGUCCCGCCUCGUCUUGUCGUCUGGCGAAUGGAAAAGGUCAACCGCGAAAUGUUUGAGGUGUUGGCGAAUAGGAGUUCAGUGAAUGACGCUGACCUCGCGGAGAUGUUAUUUGGCGAUUUAUGCUCCACGGAGAAAGCGAAGAGUUUUGUCGCGACGAUAAGACAAACAAAUUCAGAAGUCUUUGAACAGAACGCAGACCCUGUCUUCGACGAUUUUGGGAACAUCCUGAAAAUGUCGAAGAAGGUCUUCUUUCAAAUAGCUCUCGACUCCUUCGACGACAAAGAUUAUUUGGACCUCUUCGUAACGUCUUGGAAGUUCUUCUUUACGCCAAAAGAGUUGUGCAAAUUGUGUGUCGAGGAAGCGUUGCUUCCCGCGGAAGUCUCCAACGACAGUUUGCGGAACUUCGCAUUGGAGAUGAACGAGCUUAAAGAAAAGGAGACGAAAAAGGCUGACAAACGCAUGAAGACACAAAGUGAAAGUCGCGUCGACGGUAUUUUACAAAACAUCGAAAACUCCGAAGCGGAGAGGAAACGUCGUCUCGAGAAAAUUUUGUUGUACUUCUUGAGCAUCGAGGAGACGUUUGACGAUGAUGUCAAGGAGAUGCUCCUCAUCCAUUUCGACAAUGGACGGUUUUCCGACGAAAUUGAAAAUUUGAUAAAGAAGUCGCUUGAGAAUUAUGGAUCGUCGUUUUCGUCGUUCAACGACGAUAAAAGCCCACGCGUUGUUUCUUACAACAAAUCAAAGAGGCAGUCAUAUCAAAUUAAAGAAGAACGAAUGGAGAGGAAGAAGAGGAAGAGUCGAUCGACGUCGCGCGACUCGAUGUGUUCGUACCCCGUGUCCGAGAAAAGUGAGUGUGUCGACGAUGAAAAGGUCUUCGACGUCAAUUACGAGAACUUUUUGUCAUUGAGUCCGUGUGUCAUUGGGAAACAACUCAUCUUUUACCACAGAGAACUCUUUGAAAAUCUUCCUUUGAAGGAUUUUUACUUCUGUGAGAGUUCAAAUAAACUCAAAAAGUAUUCACAGAAGUUCAAAGCGGUCGACCACAUCUUUGAAAAGAUAGUCAAACAACAAAACGGAGUUUCAGUCUUUAUUAAAAUAGCGAACGUAAGUGUCACCCUUCGCGAUUAUACGGUCGGCCAUUCGCUCUUUAAUUUGAUCAACGCGUUAGUUAAAGAACAGCCGGAAAGGGUAAGUGAACUUGACGCCGCGACAAAAGAGAUGUUUGAGAAAUUGAAGAGGACGUUUGACGAGAACAACGAUUUCAAAAAUUAUCGAGAAGAGUAUGAAAGUUUGGACAACGAAUGCCCUAAAACCCCAAGUUAUAUUGUGUGGAAAAAAGAGAUGGAGGAGUUGAAAAAAGACAACGUGGAGGACAAAGGUCUUCUCGAUAUACAACAAGUCAAAAAGAUGUCGCAACACAUUCAAAUUAUCGCAAUGGCAAAGGCUUCCCAAUUUCUUAUUGAUCAAAACGUCUCCUUCCAAUUUUUCUUCCAUUCCAAUUUCUAA